CGCGGGGGAAGUGACGAUUCCCUGUGUGGGGCGGGCGGCAGCGCCUGUCCGGUGGUGGGCAUGGCGGAUCGGGUGCUGUUCAGACGUGGGACCGGGCAGAGCGACGACUCGGACGUGUGGGACGACACGGCCCUCAUCAAGGCGUACGACAAGGCGGUGGCCUCCUUCAAGAACGCUUUGAAGAAUGGAGAAUGCUCGGAGCCUUCAGAGAAGCAGGAGCGGCAGCAGGGGAUGAAGAGAAAGAACAAUAAAAAGAACAGAAAUAGAAAGAAGAAUAGCGCAGAGCCUUUGAAACAGUGGAAAGUGGGUGAUAGCUGUAACGCUGUUUGGUCUGAGGAUGGUAACCUGUACCUAGCAACAAUCGACUCCAUCAAUCAGAAGCGAGGCACAUGCAUUGUUACUUACACAGGAUAUGGAAACCAGGAAGAGCAAAACCUGUCUGAUCUACUUCCUCCAGCUGCUGAUGAAAUAAAUGAAAAUGAGACUCCAUAUUCAACAGAUGAAAGUGAAAAAUCUUCCCAAACACCUCAAAACAAAAGCAACUGCACAAAAUCAAGAUUCUCCCCUCAAAACCUACAUUUUCACACACCACCAGCAACCCCAGGAGGGGGACGGCCUGGGUCAAAGUUCAGGCCACCUCCAUUGUUUUCAUCUUGCUGGCCUCCACCCUUCCCAGCAGGACCACCGUUGAUUCCUCCUCCACCACCCAUGAGACCAGACUCUGCUGAGGAUGAUGAAGCAUUGGGAAGCAUGUUGAUAGCCUGGUACAUGAGCGGUUAUCACACUGGGUAUUACCUGGGUUUAAAACAAAGUCGAAUGGAAGCAGCACUGGAGAGAGAAACAAAUGCAAAGUAACUGGAUAUUUAUCACUGUUUUGAAGGGUUAUUAUCAACAGGUUAAAACUGUGAGCUUCAGGACUUCCACCUGCUCUUAUGGCUCUACAAAGACCACAUCUGCCAGGAUUAAUCCCUUCUUUGCUUAGCAGCCAUGGAAUAUUAUUUUCUUGGCUAGAAUGAAGGACAUUAUUUUCUUGUUUUGAUGAGAGGUUUGCCUACAAAAUCUCUACGUCAGGAUUAACAGUGUAUCUUACUUGGAUUACAAAGGGUUACCUUAUUUGUUUAUGGGCAAUUUUGAAAAUAAAGGUUAAGUGAAACACAGUUUUUGUAUCUAUAUACACAUUUUCAGAAGCAACUGCCUCCUUAUAGAGAUGGGGUUGCAGGAUGUUUGGCUAAACUUUGUUUUCAGGACAAGAUCAACAGUUCUGUUUGAUAUUGUUGAGCAAUUCUGUUAGCAUUUCUCCUGUGCCUGUGCUUCUAUUUUAAACCCUUUGUGGGAAUUCUCCAGUAGAUUAUCUCAUUCCUUACAGAACAAAACUGUUCUGCUGGGUGCUUGUUUUCAUGAUUUUCUGUGAGAACGUGUAGUUGUGUAGUUGAGUAAUUCUUGCUUGUUUAAAACCAAAAAAUCUCCUGUAUACUAAUUUGUCCUUCUUUUUUAAAGCCAGGUACAAAUUUUUCCCACUGAGAGGUGUAUAUCACUAAUGCACUGAUGGUUGAUGGUGAAGAUCACAAUUUUGUCAAGACAAUUAAUGUUUUCUUAACAUUCAGCUGCCCCUGAUAACAAGUAAACAAAUUACUUGAGUAAUUAUAUGUGCAUCAAAACAAGCUACUUUUUGAAGAACUCUUAGUCAAAUGUAUUUAGAAAGCCCUUCAGCAAUAAAGUAUUUUUUACUUCCCUGAAACAAAUUUAGAUCUUUGUAUCACAAUAUAGAUCUGUCUUUUAUUCCCACAGGGUAGAUUUCCUUUCUCUCUCAUUUUAGUACCUCUUGUAUUCCUCAGACUUUGUACGAAUGACACCACCAGGUCUAGGAAUUAUAGUACAUCAAAAAAUACAGUGCACUACAGUACACUACAGGCAGCUGUGGCACCAGUGUGUGUUAUGGUGGCCACUGGUGGCACUGGCCUGGAAAGGGGAUAGCAUUGUAUUGGAAGAGAGACCUUAGGGGUCUGAUUGAUUAGAAUCCUGAGUGUGACAGCUGCAUUCAGAGAGCCUCAUUUUUUUGUUUCAAAUGCUUGUUAAUAAAGUUAAAUUUUCACUUUAA